GAAAAACUACAUCCAACUUGCUUUAAUGUUAAAAGGACUGGAGGCCAAGCUGAAGGACACUGAGAACCAGUUUGAGAAAAAGUUGGCGAAUCUGAGGUCAGAGAUCCAAGGCAGUCGAGUGGCAUUUGGUGCAUCCAUCAGUAAUGUUGGAACUAUUGGACCAUUCAAUACAGAGAUCACACUGCUCUACAGGAAUGUCUACUUUAACUCAGGCUCUUACAACCCUGCAACAGGUAUUUUCACUGCUCCGGUCAGAGGAGUUUAUUACUUCAGCUUCUCUGGUCAUAAUUCAUCAUCUAGACCAAUGGGGCUGCGACUGAUGAAGAAUGGAGAGCAGAUGGUGACAGUGUACAACCAUGUUGCUGGAAAUCGCCCUGAGACGGCAACCAAUGGCAUGACUCUGCGGCUGGCUGCAGGAGACCAGGUGUACAUGAGGCUCCGUGCAAACACCUGGAUUUAUGAUAAUAACAACAACCACAGCACCUUCAUUGGCCAUUUGUUAUUCCCUCUGUGACUAAGAUAAAGUUCAGACAAGCAUAGUUGAAAAGUCAGAUAUGUGAGUGAGGAGAAAACCUUAAAACAAAGACAUUUUGUUUAUGAUUAGUGGACGUGUGGAGAGAAGUUUAUUUCAAUACAGCUAAAAAUAACAUGGCUAAACAUUAAUAGUUCUGUAUCUUCAGUUUUAAAAUAUAUUACUGGCUGCUGUGUGACAAAACCCUCAAAAACAACUGGGAUAUAAAUGAAUGAAUCACUGUAUAGUAGGUGUAAA